AUGGAGCUACUGAUACGCAAUGUCUGGCGUUCAAAUUUUGAGGAAGAGAUGCUUUCCAUAGAAAGCAUAGUACACAUUUACAACCGAGUUGCCUUUGAUCCUGAAUUUCCUGGUUUUCUUCGCAACACACUGAGAAAUGCAUCCGAAACUGAUCGGUAUGAAGACAUCAAGUUCAAUGUCGAUAGCUUGAAACCAAUACAGUUCGGUCUCACAUUCACUGAUGCAGAGGGUAAUCUCCCUCACUCUGGUGGUGUUUGGCAAUUUAAUUUUAAUGAUUUUGAUCCCGUUAUCGACCUUCACUUGGCUACAUCCGUUGAGUUACUACUUCAGAAUGGAAUUGAUUUGGAGAAGAACAAGAGGGAAGGAUUUGAUAUUAAAGCAUUUUCUGCUCGGUUCAGAAACAUCAUAAGGUGUGAAGGACAUAGGAUUCAAUGGCUCACGUUUCAUGGGGUUUAUGAUAUUGCUUACUUCAUUAAGAUUUUAAAGCGAGAAGCGCUCCGUUCUGAUGAUGAAGGAGAAGAUGAAGUAGAGGAGAAGUCUAUGCUCAUUGGGGAUUCUGUCUUCCACUUGAUCAGCCAGUUCCAUGCUCAGAUGGGGUCAUGA